AUGGUGUCCAGACAGUUGAACGGUCCAAGACCACCAUCACUCAUGGUAAAGAAGAACUCCUCCUCCUCCUCCUCCUCCUCCUCCAAGAUGAAGAAGCCUUCUCUCAAACGAAGCCGUUCGCCUGUCAUUGUAUACGAAAGGUCACCCAAGAUUAUUCAUGUAAGUCCUCGUGAAUUCAUGAGCCUUGUCCAGCGCUUAACUGGAAAGGAUCAUCAUCAAGCAUCAACCGUCGCGCCUUAUCGUUCUUCUUCUUCAGCUUCCUCUGCCAAAUUAAUGGAAGUUGAUGAAAUCACAAGCAAGAGAGACCAAUGCAUUGAUGGUAAGAUGGAGUUUGUGAGUUCUGAGAUGGGUUCCAUAAAUCCUUCAAGUUUCUCAGCACCAUGUGGUACUGGAUUAAGUGUAGACAUUUACCCAGAGAUACAGAAAUUUGGGGGAAAAUGUACUGAAAGAUACCAGGAUUAG